UUCCCUCAAAACAUAGAUCACCUUCUUGUCUUCAUGAAACAUGGAAUAAUCCAAAUUGAAAGCAAAUAAACAUAGAAGAAUCUCUUCAAUACACACAAUGACACAAAUCUAUAUAUAUCUUAAGUUCUAUCAGAUGAUAUGCAAUCACAAUCACCACAUUAUUCUUGUAAUUACCAUAGCAACAUCAUUAUCAACAUAUACAAGUUAUGAUGAUGGCCAACACUUCUGAACGCAACUAUGAAGAUUUUGCUCCUAUUUCUGACUUUAUAUCAGAAAAAGAAUGUGACACCUUGCUUCUUUAUCUCCCAGGUUUCAGGAAGGAGCAACUGAAGGUUCAAUUAACCACAUCACGUAUCCUAAGGAUAAGUGGAGAACGCCCGAUUGGGGACAAAAAAUGGAAGCGUUUUCUCAAGGAAUUCCCGGUACCAUCAAACAUUGAUAUGAAAGAUAUGACUGCCAAGUAUGAGGGAGGUAUACUCUACAUCAGGCAACCAAAGUUAAUCACUCCGGCAGCAACUGAACAACAUGACCAUGUACAAACAGCUGCAGAAGCACCCGCACCAGCAGUAGAGCCUGUUGAUCAAGCGAAAAAUACUGCAGAACCUCCUGCGCCACAGCUUGAACAAGAAGCUCCUUCGGAGGAAAAGGUGGAGAAGAAAGAAGAGAGGGAGGAGGAUGCAGUGCAUAGAGUACAGAAAGAUGAGAUUUCUGAGGAGAAGAACAAGGAUAGAAAAGAAAAACACGUGUUAGAUGAGACACGUAAACAGGUACUAGGAGGUGGAAGUGAGCUUUUUAAGGAGCUAAGGAAGCCAGAAAAUCUGAAGAGAGUUGCUGUUUAUGUUACUUUGCUGCUGAUUCUUGGCUACCACAUCACCAAGAUGUUCAGAUCCUUCACCAAGGUUGAUGAGCAAAGUAUUAUGGAAUAUGAUCAUCAAGAAUUUUAAUCUUGUAAAGCUCAUAAAGAGAGAUGCAGCAGGAAUGAAAUAAUUGUAAAUGAGCAUAAGAAGUUAAAUAGUUCUGAAAAAACCAUUUCCUGACAUGUAUAUCAGGCUUGCUUUUAAAUGUUAUCACAAAUAUUUGUUACCCAACUAUGCAGUUUCAACUUUCAAGCAAUAAAGAGAAUAUCUGCUA